UUUAUAAGUUACAUCGGCAGUCAUUGUGGUGUAUACAUACAAAUUACAUUCCGUAGCUCUAGGCAACGAAUGGUACCACGCGCAGAUCUCCACCCCGGUCCAGUCAGCGGCGGUAAUGUAGCAGCCAGACAACGAAAUAUGCGGAGUAGAAGAAGAAAAAGCGGAAGAGCAGCGGAUGUUUUGAUCUGUCGGCCUACAGAAAAUGUCAAAAAAGUCAAAAAAGAGAAAGCGCAAGAAGUUGUUGUCAUCCUCAAGUGAAGAAGAUGAGAAGGCAUCCAAGAAACGAGAUGUUGCCAAGAAGUGCAAACAUGGCAAGAAAAAGCAAGAUGUAAAAAGUCAAGAGAGCUGUGCAUCAAUACCGGAAAAUUGUGCUUUUUCUACCGUUAAAGAUUCCCAAGUUUCCCAAAGCACCCGCCAGAUCAAAAAGCCUGUCUACAGACUGGCAACAACACAAGCAACAGACCAGAAACCGGUUAAUAAGGAAGAAGAAUGUACAAAAUCAAAAAGUGUCUUAGUGCCAUCCCAUUGGGGGAAAUGCUCUAGUAAAGCAAAAAAUGAUGUUUCAGGGAACGAGAAUACUGUCGGUGGGAGUAAGACUGUGAAAAUGGGAGACUUAAAAUCCUCGAACAAUGCAGGUACAAUUCCUCAGAGCACAGACAAGACAUCUAAUAAAAGAUCAGAUGAAAAGUCUUCCCAAAGGAGCCCGUCAAAAAGAAAAAAGCUGCGAAUGAGUCCCAGUUUGGUUUCUGCUGAACAGAAAGAAAAGAGGCAGGAUGUUCUAAAGAGUGAGUGCAGAGCUGAGGAGUCAUCAAGGAUGGGAAAAGACAGCAACACCAUCGAGACCAGGGAACCAGGCAAGACCGCCUCUGCUUCCAAGGAUACUUUGUGGAAAAAGACAACCAAACUGAUUGAAAAGAUGUGCCAAAGGCAUCAAAAAAAUAAAGCCAAAAGGAAACCGUGUACAGAAGCCAAAACUUCCUCUCCCUCUACCACAAAGCAUUCCUCCACUUCAGCCAAGCAGACUAACUCAGUGAGUAGGUCAAAUGUGGUGAAGAAUGUCACAUCAAUUCCUCAGAAUGCCACAUCAGUGUCACAUAAGACAGCUAAGUCAUCAUCUGCUCAGCAACAAAAAUUCUCUAUCGCAUCACCUCUGCCUUCUAAUUUUAAGAUACCAAAAAAGGUUCAACCAAGGCCAGAAGGUAGCACCGGUAGGGAUAAUGAUCCUAGUUCUACAAACAGAAAUCUCAAACUUGGGACUGAGAUUUCAGCUUCUUGGGCCUCAAGGAGCAACUCCAAGCAGGAAACUGUCCAACAAGCUCCCAGCUGCUUGGAUGUUACACCUAGGUUUUCAUCUGAAGGACAAGAUAAGAGGUCAUCUUUGCCAGAUCAACUCCUAGCUACGUCUCAUACCAUCACUGAGCCGGGUUAUGACCAGAUGCAAGUGGUUGAAGAGCUACAUCUUGCCCGUUCUGAGAAAAGAUUGGAGGUGAAUGUAAUGCAAAGCUAUGGAGAAUUAACCUGUAUGGACAUAGACCUUCCAGAAGAGGGUGCUGCAGACACAUGUAAACAUUCUCAGCAAGACCUAAUCCUUGUUUUGGAUACCAACAUUCUCCUCAGUCACCUGGAUUAUGUGAAAAAGAUCAGAUCUCACGGCCUUGGAGCCUUGGGCUUCCCUAUAGUCCUGAUCCCCUGGGUGGUACUUCAGGAGCUGGAUUCCCUAAAAAGGGGGAAAGGCCUGUCAGGUUCUGUGGCCCACCUGGCAACUCCUGCCAUCUCGUACAUUUACAACUCUUUGAAGAAUCGGGAACCUCACCUCUGGGGGCAGUCUAUGCAGCAGGCCGCUGAGAGCAGCAAUGGUCUGAAUGCUGAGAAUAAUGAUGACAGGGUGCUGCAGUGCUGUCUGCAAUACCAAAGUCUUUACCCAGAGUGUGCUCACAUUCUAUGCACUAAUGAUAAGAACCUAUGCAGUAAGGCCCUUCUGAGUGGGGUGAAGGCCCUCAGCAAGAGUGAUUUAGAGGCAGAGGUUGGAAGAUCCAGACAUGGCUUUCAUCCUCUGCAAAACAUUAAGACUCCCAUGCUGCCUUACAUCAGCCCUCCUGUCUCAUCACCAAUGCAGAGCAGGAGCUAUACGCCAGUCCAGCCUCACAGUCAAGAGAGAACAGGCAUUUCUGUAGAAGAGAAAGAUGACAAGCGGUUGACCAAAAGAGAGGAUGAAGAGAAGACAAAAAGGGACCGUAGCUGUGUUUCUGAACUAGAAGACUGCCUGCGAGACGUGCUGUCUGAUGUGUUAGAGGUGGAGAUGAAGGCAGCUUACGAAGAGCUCUGGCUAGAGAUAGUUUACCUAAAACCCCCAUGGAGUCUUCAAGAUGUCCUGCAUUGUUUUAAAAAACACUGGAUUGCUGUUUUUGGGCACAUUGUCUCACGGAGGAAGCAGCAAACUGUUUUAAACCUCAUCAACUUCUUCAACUCAGGUGAAACGGAGGACUGUAGCGCUACCUCAGCGGCCCUCCAAGAAGCUAGGGAGCUUGUGAAAGCGUUUGGGAAAAGUUCAAGCCGUGUUCCCAGUGCCAUCUCUAUAAUGGACAACAUUUACAAUAAGCUACAACCGCAGUGGGAAUCUCCUGCCUGUGAUGUAGUCAUGAAUGAUGAUGAUGAAGACAAACAACCCACAUCUGCUCAGGUUUCUCACCAGGAAGUAUGGGCCCUGUUUGAGAACAUCUGGUCUAAUGUGUGCCAGUUAAGCUUAGAAGUGUUCAAAGCUCUGGGCUUUGACCCUCACACCAUGCAGAGGGCUCAGUCAUUGGGGGACCCUCCGCCACCACAGGACGCCUUGGUCUGUUUGCACAAACUGUCCUCCAUGGUCUCACAGCUGCUCCAAGCCUUCAGCAGUGUCUUGUCCUCAGCUCCUGGUUUAGAGGAAGUCCAGACACUGCUCGGCAUCAUCCACUCUAAUAAGAUUGUUGAUGUGGAUUCCAGAUUGACAGCCAAAGACCUUCAAGAUUGUUUCUCAGAACAAGACUACAGGGAGAAGCUGAGAGUCGGCGGGAACCAGUUAAUGGGGCUGAAAGAGGCCCUGGAUCAUUGUGUCGGGACCUCAGCUCAACAGAUCCCCGUCACCACAUCCCUGCCCUGAUGGGAUCAGGAUCAGGAUCAGGAUCAGGAUCAGGGAGUCUGCACAUCAGCCAGACAGAUGCGCUGAAUACACGAUAUCCUUUACUUGAAGUAAAACACUUGAAUUUGAAGCGGUCUCUGGCUCUGCUCAUACUGUGUAACUGUGUACCCUUUUUUUAAUUCCCAUGUGUGGAUGUUCUCCGGCAUUGGAAAGGGCAUUACAUUUGCUAAACAGAGCUUGUAUUUUCUGUAUCUGACUGUUUUACAUUAUUUAGAGUUUAGAGUUCCUCCGAUAUUCACACAGCUACAUCACACCUGGUCGUCAUCUCUCCUGCCAAUAUUCUACUUGAGCAGUGAUUUCUCAUCUUUCACCCUUCACAAGGCAUUUUAUAUUUCAGUUUAGUAAGUCUAACAUUUAUGCACAGAACAUAUUGUACUAUUUUGGUACAUUACAGCAGUGGCUUUCAUUAGUUUUAUUAUUUAAACAUUUAUAUUUACUUUUUUUUUUAAACACAGUCUGUUACCUAGUGUGCAAACAUAGAAUUUUUAGAUAUUUAUUUAGCGAUUUAUUUUUAGGCAGUAUGAAUGUGUGGUGGUGACGCAAAAAUUGUCUGAUGUUUUAGGUUUACCCCUCGGGCCACUGUGACAACAGAUUUCUUUUAAUGACUAUAUUUAACUAUAUGUUAAUGUCUGUUCACUACUUUUCAUCCCCGACCCUAUUUUGCAGUUUAUUCAUAGUUCAUUAUUUGAUUGUUCAACUUCACCAAAAGCUUCAUUUCACUGGGCUUAAAGAAAUCGCUGAGUUGCUGAGUCUUUGUGCUACGCUAAGCGAACCAUCUUAAUAAUUUUUUUUUCAUAUUUGUUUUACCAAAUUAAAUAGUCACACAGAAUGAUUUAGACUUUACACAACAGCAAAUGUAUCUAAAAGCAUUAACUCUUGAUAGAGAGUGAGAUCUUUUGAGCUUCAACCAACAGGUUGUCUCACAGUCCCAGUGAAAAGCUGAAACCAAAUGGCUAUUUAUUUAUUUUUUGUUUAAUAAAGCUAUUGGUGGGGUUGUCACGCAUCAUCAUAAAUGAUAAUGAACACAACUUUAAUAGAGUCUAGUUGGAAAACCAGUGAGUGUUCAGAUUUUGCUAGUUUUGGUUGAUUUUUAAGUAGAAAUGUAAAUAAUUUGAGAACACAAAAUAUAUAUUUUAUGUAAAAGACUUGAAUGUUUACAACAAGACAUUAAAUGUUUUGAAUUCUGUCUUAUGA